AAUAUAGUUUACCCGGAGAAGUUUAUUCGUCGCCUGUGGUGAUUAAUGAUCGGAUUAUUGUCGGCUGCCGUAAUGACAGUCUUUAUUGCUUGCAAAUUGAGACAACAUAAAACAAAUUAAAAUGUUAUUUUAUUGUUAUAUCAAAAUAUAAAUUUUCACAGAUGUAUCGAUGCAUUUUUCGCCAGUAUGUAAACCACGUUUUUAAUUUUGCAGUAAGGACGCCAAAACCAGUAUGGCCAGUGAAUAGAUACUUGACCAGCGACACGUUUGUCCGACUUAUUGAUGAAAAUGGACAAAAUCUCGGUGUGGUGUCUAAAAUGGAAGCCAAAAAUAUUGCAAAAAGCAAACAGCUUGAGUUGAAAGAAGUCUCAAAAGCUAACCAGAAAACAGAGAAUAGCGUGUUUAAAAUUGUAAAUAAGAUAUCUCAACAGAAGACAUCUCCGGUGGAGAGUAGAACAAUGAAAUCUAAAGAACUGACUAUGAAGUCACAAAUCGAAGAUCAAGAUUUAAACGUCAAAGCAAAAAAAUUACAGACCUUCUUAGAUAAAGGUUAUAAAGUGACGCUGAAGAUAUCAAAACCUCGCCAAAGUCACGUGACACCUCGACAGGCUUAUGAGAAGCUGAUAGUAAAGUUAAAUUGUGAGGUUAAACUUGCUGGAACUCCGAAAGAAUCGGAAAAGUUUUUCCGGUGUGUGGUUUAUAAAGGCGAGGAGAAGUGACCAGUCUUGUUUGAUUUUGGUUAUUUUUCUUAUUCCAUGAAAUAAUUUUCUAAAUAGAAAAAUUAGAAAAAUGCGUAAGUCUUACGAUUUGCAGGUUGAUGUAUAAAUGGAAAGGAAAAACGCGCUUGGUGUAAUUUCGGAAAACUUGGUAAAAGAAGACUCGGGAAAUUAAAGGCUGACCUUUAUGAAGUGGACAAUGUUAAAUUAUGGAGAGUAAUCUCGUCAUUUCAAAGAAAAUAUUUCUUUACAUUUUUGCAUCUUUUAAUUACUUCUGUAUUACUUCAUGGAGGAAUCUGAAAAAAUGGAUGGAUGGAAAUAUGGAAUUUUAAUCGUUUUUGCUACAGGCUGAUCUAUUUUCAUUUCGAAAUAGCACUGGUUUUAUUUUUUACGCGUCCACGAUACUGACAGUUGUUAUGGUCUUCAUAAAUUAUCUGCUGCGUAUGUAAAUGGAUCAAGACAUAAUAACAAAUUUUAAGUGUUCUUUUGUAUAUUAUAUUCUUAUUUUAAUUCUUUAAAAUGGGUGCUGAUAGUUCUGAAGGA